UACACACGGACACACCAGGUUCGAGGGUUCGAGCGGUCGAGCCUGGUGACCUGAUCCCUGUGCUGGUCAACGUCAACCGAGUCCGAACCGCAUCGAUCGGACGGUCUCACGACGACGAAGGUUCGCGAAUCCCCUCCUUCCUUCGGCCUCGCCUUCUUAUUUUGUCCGCCGGACAAGCCAGUAGUGGCUACAUCGCGAAGGGCGGCAAGGCAGAUCUAGGGCGAUCAUGGCUUACGUCGAGAGAGGUGUUGUGAAAGACAAACGGACUAUAUGGCGACUGAGCAUAAUCUCAGACUUCUUCUGGGCCAUUGUGAGCUUUAUCAGAAUCUUCUUUGACACACUGUUCUCAUUGGACAAAACUGACAACUUCAAGAAAGGGUAUGGUGCUGGUAAGAAGUGGGAUGGUGGACCUGGUGGUGGUGGGCGGGGCCCAUAUGGCGGUGGAGGAGGUGGAGGAUUCGGCGGCGGAGGUGGAGGUGGUUCACGGGGUCCUCGCACUCUAUCUGACAUCCAAUCCAAUGACCACAGUUCUCUCCCUGCUUGUGGAUCCUGCUGUGGCUAAUAAGCGUGCAACCGUUCCGCCUGAUGACUACGUAUAACAAAUGAAUACACAUGCUUCUGUAUGUUCUGAAGAACAUCGUAGCUAUUGAUAUGUAUUUUACUGUCAGACGAUUGUAUCAUAAUCGAUAUGUCGUUUAUUAACAGCCUAUUUACCUGUAGCUUGACUCUGGCAUGAUUCGCAUGGUACAUUCAUGGUUCAUCUUUCGUGUACCGCUGCCUGAUUGCAUAAUAACUAGAUCAGUUACAAAGUUUAAUAAAUUGUCUGGUGUGCUGUUC